AUGUCGAAGACCAAGGUUCUUUUGGUCGGAGCUGCGGGUGAAACCGGAGGUUCUAUCGCAAAUGGAUUGCUGGAAGAUGGAGGCUUUGAGGUGAUCGCCCUCGUUCGCCCGAUCUCCGUUCACAAGCCCGCUAUUGUCAGAUUGCAGGAUCGCGGUAUUGCCAUCCGGAAAUGCGACCUGAAGGCAAGCGAGGAGCAGCUGGUCGAGGCGCUGGCUGAGAUCGAUGUCGUCAUCAGCUGUGUCGGUCCUGCUGAGCAGCAGGACCAGAUCCCGCUGGCCAAGGCGGCGAAGAAAGUCGGCGUCAAGCGAUUCAUUCCCUGUGGUUUCAUCACCGUUGCACCCCCAGGUGGUGUGAUGUGGCUGCGUGACGAGAAAGAGAUCGUCUACAACCAGAUUCGCCAGCUGUGGCUCCCGUACACUCUUGUCGAUGUCGGCUGGUGGUACCAGCUGUCUUACCCCCGUCUCCCCUCGGGCCGUGUCGACUAUGCUAUGACAUCGGGCAACGAUGAGAUUAUCGGCGAUGGAAACGUGACCACUGCUCUGACAGACUUGCGGGAUAUCGGUCGCUACAUGGCCCUGAUCAUCAACGACCCGCGCACCUUGAACAAGAAGGUCCUUGCCUACAACCUGGUCUCCACACAGAACGAGAUCUACAGCCUCAUGGAGGAAAUUAGCGAGGAGAAAAUUGACCGCAACUACGUCCCCGAAGAAACCAUCUGCAGCAGAGUCCUGGCGGCCCGACAAGCUAGUGAGACUUACCCGUUCGACCCCAUCAAAUUCAUUCCUCGUUAUCUCGCCGAAUACCAAUACUCGUGGGGCAUUCGGGGCGAUAACAACCCUGAUUACGCCCAGUACCUCGGUUACCACUUGACCCCCGAGCUCUACCCAGACUUCAAGCCGACCGACUUCCGCGAGUACCUGGAGUCUGUGAUUCGCGGCACUGCCAAGGGUGUCUACACGGACCGAGUCAUUUCCCGGAAGCACCAGCGCCACUUCCCCCGCACGGAAUCGAGCGACUCGCUGUACACCCGUAUCUUCCCUCGGACCGAGUCGAGCGACUCCCUCAUGUCGCGAUGA